AUGUAUGAGGAUAUGCGGUCUUUAGCUACAGAAAAAGUAUUUAAAUGUUGCGGUAUCUCAUUGUCUGGGGAAAAAUUAUUAGUACUUUGCAUAUAUCGGACUCCUGAAAGUGAUAUUAGCAUCUUUUUCGAAAAAUUUGAAAAAUUAUUACUAAAAGUCAGCUACAAAAAUAAUUUCAAGACUGUAAUUUGUGGUGAUUUUAAUAUAGAUCUCCUCCCAAAUGCUAAAAAUCAUACGAUAUCUUAUCAAUUUAACGAAAUAAUAAGCUCUUAUAAUUUCAGUCCUAUGAUAUCAGAGCCGACAAGAAUAACUAAGGUAGCUAAAACAUGUAUAGAUAAUAUUUUGUGUAAUUUUAAAGGUGGAAUUCUUAGUAUAUAUGAAUUAAAAUUAUCAGACCACACCAGGAAAUCAUUAUCUAUUCCUUUAAUACGAAGGCAAAAUGUAAAAUUCUGGUUUACAUACCGACGAGAUAACAUUUCUUACUCAGAGGUAAUUUCAGAACAAGUUAAUGUAAACAUAGCCUACAACAGCUUUCAUUAUUCAAACUGCGGCCACGCAGAUAUCACUCUCAAAGCAUACGUUGUUGAGUUAGAAGAGGCCACGUCGUUGACGACUGCCGCCGCACUUCAGUGCCUUGGCACACACAGUCGAGUAAUAGACAAGCGGCAGCAAUUAGUAGUUAAUAAAGCAAAAGCUGCUUUGUUACGGCACUAUCAAAACAUUAUACUCGUAAAUAGAACCGUGGCAGCUUAG